UUGCUCUUACUAUGGAUUUUCAUUGCAGGUAUCAUGAAAGAUAUGGACCAGAGUGCAACGACGCAAGCCUACGUCAGCGGCAUGAAGGAAGGCAUGGCAUUCUACGGCAACGAGCUGAACUGGUUCCAACCCUACUUCUCCAUCGCUUACGCCAUCUUUAUUGUGCCGUCACAUAUGCUCCAGAUAAAGCUGCCUCCAUCUCUUUGGCUUCUAUUCGCAGAGAUCGCCUGGGGAGUCCUAACAUUUGUUGAUAGCACCCACAAAGCAAAAACGGCCGCCACGAUUUACAUCCUCCACAUCCUCCUUGGAGCUCUCGGCGCAACCUCGUGGCCUGAAUUCACUGCCCUCAUCAUGACAUGGUACACACCAACCGAGCUCGCUUUCCGCCUGGCCAUCUUCAACGAGUCACUGACUCGGCUGGCAACAAGCUGUACACAAUUACCAAGUCAAUCUCAUCCCUCUUGGCGGAUACGAGUUGCAGAUCAUAACGCACGUCGGCAUCAAUGCGCUCGGCGAUUGGAAAGGCUGGCGCUGGCCGAUCUGCGUUGGUUCAGGCGUGGUACACAUUGUGGCGUGUGGCACCCUGACAGGCUGGUUGAGUAG